AGACUACAAUACCCAGGCUGCACCGCGCCGCCUGGGGGCGGAGCCGGAGUUCCAAGUCCUCGGAGGAAGUAAACACAAAGCUAAACAAACGCUCCGGAGAGUUCUAGCGGUAACCUGCAUCCGAGCGCAGAACUACAUUUCCCAGCCGGCAUCGGGUUCGGGGUCUCUUUCCCUGGGUCAGGGCUUCCCAAGUCGCCACCCGCGCGAGUGCUGCUUUUCAAAAUGUCCAACAAAGAAUCUGGUGGAAAAAAGGAGAAGUCUCGGAGAAAAGGCACCACGCCAUCAUCCAGUGUUGAUGAGGUUUAUGAUGAAGAUAAAAAAGAGAAAAAAACCUCAGCAAGUUCUGCUAGCUCAGCUUGCUCUGUAAGAUCAGUUUCAUCAGAGAAGAGAAAACUGAAAUCAGAUCAUACAGAUAUUCUAUUCCGUAAUAUAAAAAGACAAGAACUGAAAAGACUGAAUGUAGAAACUGACACUCCAAGAAAGAGACCAAAAAUCAGUUCUUCAUCCCAAGGACUUGCUAAACUCCAAGAAACAUCAUAUUCAAAUGAUAAUCAGAGUAUUUCACAGAGUCCUUCUUCAAAUGGAACUAAAAAAGAUAUAAGUAAAUGUGUAGAUUUUAAAGUUAAAGAUAUUAAAUUGACAAAUGUUAAGAGUAAGCUGGACCAUGAAAUUAAAAACUUUAGCAGUCCUAAGAUUGCCAAAGAUGUGAAACCUAAAGCUGAAGGCCAGGCAAGUGAAAAAAAAUGGCCUCAUUUACUUGCUCAAAGGGAGAAGAUGAAGGAACUCAAGAAAGAAAGGUACAAUAAAUUUAGAGACAGUUCUGAAAAAUAUGUUUUGGAGAAAUGCAAGAGAAUCCAAUUUUCUCAGGAUUAUAGUUCUAACAAGAUAAUUAAGGAACCCCUCGAAUCUAGAAGAAGAAAGAUCAGUUUCAAAAUCCCAGUAAAAUCCCGUGAAACCCUCCAGAAGCUUGCAGAAGAAAAUGUCUUCAGUUUAGAUUCUAACAAGUUAAAGACUAAGCAGAAGAAAAAAGAAUGCUUGGAAGGCUCCCAGGUUUCAUUAAAUUUGACAGGGCACAGAAGUGAACAUUUAUUUUCAGAUUCCGUGUAUAAGCAGACUGUUCCUGAGUGGGAAGGAAAAUAUCAUGAGCAUCAAGGAAGUAAUGAUUCAAGUUCUAGUGAAAAGCUAACCCAGAGUUUUGAAGCACCAUGUUCUUCAGUGUCACUUGAAAGUAUUCAGGAUACAGAUCAAGAGAUGCAGAUAGUAGAAGAGCUUCAUGCUGCACGUGUGGGAAAAAGUGUGGAUUUAGCUGUGGUUCCACCUUCUGGAGAGUUAAUGAGUAUGGAGAUUGACUUGGUGGAAGAUGAUGUACAUUCCUCUUCUGCAAAUACUGUUUCAGACAAAAAGCUUUUGAUUGUUAUUGACACAAAUAUUCUGAUGAAUCAUCUCAAAUUUGUUCGAAUUUUGAAGACAACAGAAAUCCCAGGCUUCGACAGACUUGUGUUAAUAAUUCCCUGGGUGGUUGUGCAAGAGCUGGAUCGUAUGAAGGCAGGAAAAUUACUGAAAUAUGCCCAGCACAAAGCUAUACCUGCAGUUCAUUUCAUCAAUGACAGUCUCAAAAGUCAAGACAGAAAGCUGUGGGGUCAGUCAAUACAACUUGCAUCUCAAAAAUUUUAUGGAUUGAGUGAUGAGAACAAUGAUGAUCGUGUAUUAAAAUGCUGUCUUCAGUACCAAGAAUUAUUCCCUUGUUCUCUUGUUAUUUUGUGCACGGAUGAUAGAAAUUUAAGAAAUAAAGGCCUAAUAAGUGGUGUGAAGUCACUCAGUAAAGAAGAAUUGAGUGCAGAGUUAUUAAACUUAUCUCAGAACACGGAUGUAUGUCAUCAGCCUUGUAUAUCUAAACAACAAUUGAAAGCAGAAACAACAGCUUUGGAGGAGAGCUAUGAGGAAGAAUCUACAAACUCUGGACUACCCAUUCUACUUGAAAGCAUCAUAUCUGAUCUUGAAAAAUCUCUUGGAACAGCUUUAUCUUCAAUAUUAGAAACAGAAAUGAAAAUUGCUUUUGGAAACCUUUGGAUGGAGAUGCUGUACUUGAAACCACCAUGGACUCUGAUACAUUUAUUACAGUGCUUUAGAAAACAUUGGUUGGCUGUAUUUGGAUUAGUUAUGGAAAAGAACUUGCUUUUAACUGUUGAGAGCCUAUAUGAAAAUCUCUAUAAAGCUAACAAAGCAGUGGAUUUUACAACAGUGAAAUUCCUGCUUCAGGAUUCUAAAAGUUUGCUACAUGCUUUCAGUACAAGGUCAAAUUAUGAUGGUAUUCUUCCACAGGCCUUUGCUCAAGUAAACAAACUACUCCAAACAUUUACAGAGGUCAAGGCAAAACUUAAGCAAGACCCUUCAAAAAGUACAGCGGGUAAAAGGCAAGAAGAUAAUUCUUUGAUGAAAUCUAAUAACCAGGAAAUCACCGUUUUCUCAGGUUCUCCUCUUCCCCAACGCAACAGGCAUCAAGAAGUCUGGUCUAUCCUAGAGAAUGUUUGGAUUACAAUAUAUCAAAACAGUACGGAUGUGUUUCAAAGAUUGGGCUCAAAUUCAGCUCUGACGUCUUCAAAAAUAGCAUCAUUUGAAGAAGCAUUUGUAUAUCUUCAAAACUUAAUGGCAGCUGUUAAGGAUAUUCUUGAAGGAAUUCAAAGGAUUUUGGCCCCCAAUAGUAAUUAUCAAGAUGUUGAGACUCUCUAUAACUUCCUAAUCAAGUAUGAGGUAAAUAAAAAUGUCAGAUUUACUGCCCAGGAACUUUAUGAUUGUGUUUCACAGGCCGAGUAUCGGGAAAAGUUAACCAUCGGAUGCCGCCAGCUGGUUGAGAUGGAACAUACCAUGCAGCAGUGCAAUGCCUCCGUCUAUAUGGAGGCCAAAAACAGGGGAUGGUGUGAAGACCUGCUCAACUAUAGGACCUAAGUGCUGAUUUGUAACUUAGAAGGAACUGCAUUUGUCUUCAAGAACAGUAGAGUAGCUUUCAGCCUUUGUGCCAAACCCGAGAGACUUGCAAGAAAUGUCUCAUAGGUAAAAAAAGAUGAUUGCCUGUGGUUGACAAUCUCAUUGAGGUUCUGAUGCAUCCAUUGUGGGAUAAACUGUGGACUCAACUCUUCUGAAGUUGACCUUACCUCCCUACCUCUACUGCUAAUACUGAGCCAGUGUGUCUAAGGAAAGGAGAGCCAUUGGUCAUCUUAGGGCAAGAGCCACUGUGGCAUCUGAGGAAGGCCCAGGGUAUGUGGCCAAGAGACACUUCCAAACCUCAAGAAAGAAUUAGGUCGCGACCAUGCUCACAAUAUUCCACAAGAGAAAUCUUACUGUGGGCUGUUUUAUGGUCAAACUGUCUUCCAUGUAGACCUGGUGAAGUAACACACAUCCCUUCCACUUCCCCCAGGGUAAGGGAAGUAGAAUUUUGACUUCAGCUCCAACUUGCUAUAAUAGCCUCUUCUCUUCUUCCUUGGGCGUUAUCACUUUUACGUGCAUUUCUAUUGGGAAGAUCAGGGAGACUCCUCUGCUUAGUGUCCUCUUAAAUGUGAAACAGCAUGGAUUUAUGGGACCAGGUGGCAGUGGCUGAUUUUUGCCCCUAGCUAAACCAAGUGUUUAAUUGACUUAUUUCUUAUUUAGUUAUAUCAUAAGUUGGAAAUCCUUGUUUACUAAAGUAUGUUACGCUUUUGUUAAUAGAUUAACUCUGAUAUUCUAUUACACAUGUUAAUUUAUUUUUUUUAAAGAGCAAUAAAUUAUUUUUAGUGACUUUGCUUUUCAUUUUACUUCCACAUUUUGUUUCUAAACUGUGUACAGGUAUUACUAUAAAAGUGACCCUCCAAUAAAAGAGAACUACGCAGGAUGCUCACUAGCAGGAAAGGAUCCGAUGAGCUUUGUUUGCAUAGAAAGCUGCACCUCCUUCUGGGCUCAAAGUGCCCUCAGGGACAUGAGCCUGGGUAGAAGGAGAAGCUUCCAGAGCAUCUGUGCUGUCUGCCUCUUUCCUUUUCCUCCCUGAGAAGCCAAGAAAGCAUCCCCACCCCCUACCAAAAGAACUUUCUUCAGAUUUUUGUCCCUCAAUUGCUUCUAGUUGUUAUUAUUGCUCUGUUUUGCUCUACUUUGUUUGUUUGUUGUGUUCUUUUUGGCCAUGCUGCAUAGUGUGCAGAAUCUUAGUUCUCCGACCAGGGAUUGAACCCCAGGCCACGGCAGUGAAAGCACCGCAUCCUAACCAUUGGACCACAAGGGAACUCCCUGCUCUGCUUGGUUACCUCCCUUUUCCUCUCUUUUUAUUGUGUUAUCUUUUUAGGAAAUUUCUUUUCACUCCUAUCCUGAAUACUUCUACGUAUUUCACUCUAUCCAUGUGGAUUUUAAUUUUAUCCUAGUCUGUGUGUCUUUCACUUUGUGCAUUAAUUUGUCAAUUUUCAACCUUUUUAAAAUAUUUUGAUAUGUGAAAAUGUCCAGUGCAGGAGUUGAGGGAUCCCUUUCCUCCCACCCCCUACUCUUUCUUUUCUGGGUCCCUGCUCUGGAUUGGAGUAACUCAGUUGACACAAGGAUCACAAGCCCUACCUCUGGAUUGGAGUAACUCAGUUAACAUAAGGAUCACAAGCCCUACCUUGCAGAACAUAAAUUUGUUUUGAUGGGAAACUAUCAGAUCUUUAGGAGAACUUAAGGUUUUAAAAUUUUCCAUUCUAUAUGCAUAGCUAUUAUAUUUUGGGCAGAAGCUUCAUAAGCAUGCCAUGAACCAGAAGAGACUGAUGGGGAAAGUCACAUGAGGGGAAGGGCUCUCUACAUAACGCCUUGCCUUAGUGAGGAGCUGGUGAUAACUUCCUGAGAAGCAUCCCUGAGGAUUAUUGCAACAAAGUUCCUGGAACCAUUUUACACUAGCCUUUUCCAGCUUUCUUCCACAAGAUAGUCCAUUUCCUUCUGGAAAGGACCAGGGAGGAUCCUCUGGUUUGGAGCGGCCACAGCUCUUCCAGUAUUCUGAGCCAAAGAAAAGUUGGCUGAAGAAUUAGAGUCUCUUGUGCCCUACCGUGUCCUCUUGUUAGGACCUGCAGUGGGCAGUUGGGACUGCACAGAUUAGAACUUCAUAGAUGGGUUAAUUUCACUUUCCUAUCAUUGUCUUUGCCUGUCAUGAAAGACAGGGACACAAGACAAACUUUAAACUAUUUCCUUGAUCCUUUGGCCAUCAUUUUAAAAUGUAAGUCCUUCACCCUUUCAGGGUUGACCCAGGAUUAUUUAGUGUCUUGGUCUCCCUUAAGAGCCUGGUUCUUAUUUUUCAUACUCCUGAUGUGACAUCUCCCCAAGCCCACCUAUCUACUGGAGGCUUUUAGCUCCCUACCAUGAGUUGGGAUGAACUUACCUUUUUCUUCUUAGAGGGAAUGUAUCUCACUGCUGAAUAAUGAAAGGCAUCUUCCAGUGAGGAAGUGCUGCCAUCUAUACCUCUUUUCUGAUUUAGAUUAGACUGACAGUCCAACCCCCCCCCCCCCC